AUGGGAAAUGUGAACGCUAAUCCUUCCCAACAAGACGAACAAGCUUUUUCCACCACCGUGCCGGUGAACGGAGAUUUAACCGAUAACGCCAUGCUGACUCACUCUCCUCCCACAAGCCCUAGAGCUACUCAUUCUCCACUCAUCUUCACUCCUCAAGUUCCUGUUGUUCCUUUACAAAGACCUGAUGAGAUGCAUUCAUGGACACAAACUACUUCUAGUUAUGAAGAUAUGUACACACAACACGCAAUUCCAAUUUUGAUUACUUGGAGUUAUGGUGGUAAAGAUAUUUCUGUUGAGGGAUCUUGGGAUAAUUGGAAAUCAAGAACUCGAUUGCAGAGAUCAGGUAAAGAUUUUACUAUAUUGAAGGUGCUUCCCUCUGGUGUUUACCAGUAUAGAUUUGUUGUUGAUGGAAGAUGUAGUUAUGCUCCGGAUUUGCCUUGGGCUCAAGAUGAAGCUGGGAAUUCUUACAAUAUCUUGGACUUACAGGAUUAUGUUCCUGAAGACAUUGGAAGCAUUUCUGGUUUUGAACCUCCUCAAUCACCAACCUCAAGUUAUGAUAAUUCACAGCUUAGUUCUGAAGAUUACGCAAAGGAACCGCCAUUAGUUCCUCCCCACUUUGCAACUACACUGCUAAAUUUGCGUACAACAAACAUGAAAAUCCAACCUCCUAUGCCAAGACCACAACAUGGAGUGCUCAAUCAUCUUUUCAUGCAGAAAGAAAAGAGUAGUAAUUCUGUGGUUGCCCUUGGUACAACGCAUCGUUAUCUGGCCAAAUAUGUCACUGUGGUGCUUUACAAGUCUUUGCAGAGGUAA